GAGAGAGAGAGAGAGAAUGUGUGUGUGCGCAAGAGAGCCCGAGUGAUCGAGUGAGAGAGAGCGAGAAGGAACAGCACUCUGACGCAAGUAACGCCAUGAAGUAGGCCCUGGAAGGACACUGAGCCUGUCCAUCCGUUCUGCCCAUCGUCCCCUCAAGCCAAACCCGCACUCGGGUUUGUCCGCGACGGCGAGUCUAACAGGAAGGGAGCGCUGGACAGGAUGUCAUCCCACCAGCCUUGGUACCAUGGCAAUAUCACCCGCUCCAUGGCAGAAGACCUGCUCUCCAAAGAAGCCAAGGACGGUAGCUUCCUCCUUCGUGACAGCGAGUCCAUACAAGGAGCAUAUGCCCUCUGUGUACUGUACCAAAACUGUGUAUAUACCUACAGAAUACUACCCAAUGAAGAGAAAAAGCUCUCCGUGCAGGCAUCAGAGGGCGUGCCCAUUCGGUUCUUCUCUGUGCUCUCAGACUUGGUGGAGGCCUACCGUAAGGAGAACAUGGGGUUAGUCACCCACCUGCAGUACACUGUACAGCAGCAGGAAGAGGCAGAGGAGGAGUCAGAGCCAAACACGUUACCACCUCAGCUUCCUCCCAGGAACAUCCCAGGAAGUGAGGCCCGGGGAUCCCCUGGUGACUCUGCCAGGGAGGCGGAGCCAAGCCGCCUGUCCGUCAUGGACACGUACAUUCAUCGUCUUCAGCACAUCGACAUGUCACACAUCUCUGAAGCGAAUCAGAUGGCAAUCCAGGAGUAUUUCUGCUCGGAGGUCGGUCUGGAUGCUGAGCAAGUGCAGAACGGGAACCCCACCCUCCCCAACCUGAAGAAACUUCUUAUGAACAUCUGCAAGAGUCUCAACAGCGAGAUUUCACGUACGCUUCCGACACUGGAGGCCCUGCUGAAGGUCGUGGAACAGCCUCUGUCUCCUGGAGCUAGUCGAAUUAGGGGGCAGGUCAAAGAUCAGGUUUCUGCUGAUGCCAGCCAGCCUGUACAUUUUAGACUUGAGCAACUAACUAAGAUGAUAUGUCUAAUAGAAGAAAAGACCAAGAAUACCGUCUUUGAAUCCGUGGGUUAUGAAGGAGGCCACAGGAAGUCACUUAUACCACCUGUUACAUUUGAAGUAAAAUCAGAGUCCCUUGGCAUUUCGACCAAAAUGUUCCUAAAGGUUGAUGUAGAAAGUGGGAAGGUUUACUUCAAGAAGUCCAAAGAUGGGCCUGAGGAUAAAUACUUUGUGCACAAUAAAAUCUUGCAGUUGGUGAAGUCCCAGAAAAUGCAUACCAAACUAGUGGUAUUGGUGGAAACAGAGAAGGAGAAGACCAAGCGCCAGGAAUUUGUCUUUAAUGACACGAAAAAGAGAGAAGGUUUCUGUCAAUUACUUCAGCAGAUGAAAAACAAACACUCAGGCAAGCCUGAACCAGAUAUGAUCAGUGUCUUUGUUGGGACGUGGAACAUGGGAAAUGCCAACCCACCUUCAAACAUUACAUCCUGGUUUCAGUCCAAGGGCCUAGGCAAGACCCAUGAUGACACAGCCAGUCAGAUCCCCCACGACAUCUAUGUGGUUGGGACUCAGGAGGACCCACUGGGAGAAAAGGAGUGGAUAGACACAGUGAAGGCAACCCUUCGAGACAUCACUAAUAUAAGCUUUAAACAGGUAGCCACUCAGACGCUGUGGAAUAUAAGAAUUGUUGUUCUGGCCAAACCAGAACAUGAGAAUCGCAUCUCCCACAUCUUCUGUGACAGCGUGAAGACUGGAAUCGCUAAUGCUCUUGGAAACAAAGGCGCAGUGGCAGUAUCUUUCAUGUUCAACGGCACGUCGUUUGGCUUUGUCAACAGCCACUUGACUUCGGGGAGUGAAAAGAAGAUCAGGCGGAAUCAGAACUAUGUCAGUAUCCUGCGCUUUCUAAACCUUGGAGACAAGAAACUUAAUCCGUUCGACAUCACGUGCCGCUUCACACACCUCUUCUGGCUUGGGGAUCUAAAUUACCGGCUUGAUCUCCCAACACAGGAAGCAGAGAACAUUGUGAUGAAGAUCAAACAACAGAAUUAUCAGGAACUGUUGAGUCGGGACCAGCUGAACAUGGAGCGUGCGGAAGAGAACGUGUUCCUGAACUACGAAGAAGAAGAGAUCACAUUCCCACCUACGUAUCGCUUCGAAAGAGACACGCGUGAAAAAUACGUCUACACCAAAGCCAAGGCAACAGGGACCAAAUAUAACUUGCCCUCAUGGUGCGACCGCGUACUCCGCAAGUCCUACCCCUUGGUGCAUGUUGCCUGCCACUCAUAUGGAUGCACCAAUGACAUCAUGACAAGUGACCACUCCCCGGUAUUCGCCACGUUUGAUGUUGGCGUGACUUCACAGUUUGUCUCAAAGAAUGAUCCCACAAAAGUGUCAGAGGGUGCCGUCAAAUUUAUGAACUGUGUUGCUGUUCUGAUGACCAAGUCCAAGACAAAGUUCUACAUCGAGUACCACUCAAGCUGCCUGGAAAAAUUUGUUAAGGGACCUGAUGGGGAGAAUCAGGAGAACACAGAGGGCUUCAUCAAGGUUCGAUUUGGAUCACUAGUAGAGCUCACACCCAUCAUUGCAGACCCAGAAUAUUUACUGGAUCAGCAUAUCCUCAUAAGUAUAAAGUCUACAGAUAGCGAUGAAUCAUAUGGCGAGACAUGCGUGGCCCUCCGCGCCGCAGAGAGCAACUACACAGAGUUCAGUGAAGUGCUCAUGCAUCACGGCGAACGCACGGGCACCCUGACAGGAGGCAUCCAGUUGCGCACCUCAGAAGGAAAGCAGACAGAAAAGCUGUAUGAUUUCAUUAAGGUUGGUGAUGACUCAGGGACCAGCAAAGGCAAGCCAGGAGAUCACAUGACCAAGUGCAGCCAGUCAGAGAAGGGCUGGAACUUCAGCCCUCGAGCAGGGAUUUCAGCUGGGCAUGGAGUGAAAGACGUGGCUCCUGGAAACAUCUCGCCAAAAAAGACCAGAUAUGACCAUUCUGUGCAAAGCCCCACUGGAAAAGCCUCCAGUCCAGUUUUAAGAUCUGAGGAUGGGCAGCCAGCAGAGAUGUUUGACAACCCCCUCUAUGGUUCAACGUCGCGAGGUGGCAAGGAUCAAGACACCCCACGGAAAGACCAAUUGUCUCCCCCGGAAUUUUUCCCCUUCCCCAAAUCCUCAGAUCCUGACCCAGACCGUCCCCCACCGGUCCCGACCCCUCGCAACCGCUCCUUCACGUGCACGUCAGACACCAAACCACAAAACCUGUUGCCAACCCCUGGUGGUAGUGGUGGCAGCAGUGGGACCAGUCUACAGCCCACUGCCUACUCCAAAAAGCCUGUGGUGCCCUCUCGCUCCGAAGGGGGAAUGUUGAUGGCCGGGAAGCCACCUCUGCCGUUGAAAUUCCGCCCUGGUCCAUCCCAGGAGCCCCAGCUAAAGCCCAGAGAUUACAGGGACAGCUCCGAGUUACCAUGCAAGAUCAAGCUGCCUGCAAGACCAAGCCAGCCAUUGCCCAAGGAUGUGCCUCAUGAGACGACACAGUCUCCAAAGACGAGUCGUCCUUUAAAAUGAGACUUCGCCCUUUUCGCCUUCUAAAUGGCUGGCCAGUGGUGCCCUGCUGCAGGCUGGAUAAUGAUUCCGAUAACCACCAAAGGCCUCCUCACCGCCAGAGAAGCGGAACGAGCGCCCAGCCCUGUCCCAACGUGCGUCCAAGGAGGCCGCGGUCACCCACACGAUCCCUCUUUCUUCUCCUGUCAUGUUGAAUUUGCUGCAUCGUGAAUGUACAGUGUGCGUGAUUCGUUCCCUUUUCUUUCCCAAUAUUUUGUGAGAUUGCGUAUGAUGAUUUUUAAAGACCGAAGGCUUAUACCUUGAGCAGUGUGGGUGUAUGAAUCUGUAUAUUUUUAUCGAUUACCGAUGUGGUUGUAUGAUCCUGUUUGAUCAGCAUUUACUUGACUUUUAUAUGCAGGAAGGAAUAAACUCUACCAACAGAUGAGAGGAGCUUUGUUCUCUGACUUAGAAAAUGCAAAAUAAUAAUAAUAAUAAUAAUAAAGUGAUAUUUUGACCCUAAAGUGGGAUUGAAAGUGAAUUUGAACUGAAGCUCUACUAAAGGUAGCAUGGGGUAGACAUUUGUGAAGCAGAACCCAGCAACAACUUACAAAAACAACAAAAUUAUUAUAAAACUAAUAGUGCCUUUUUAACAUCACAUCGUUUAUAACUGGUGUUAGAAAGAAAACACCCAUAUCUCACCAGCUGUGAUCAACUAAUCACUAGUUCCCUCGUGCGUAUGUAAACCUUGCAUUAAAAUUCAUCCCAACUGGGUCUUUGUGCACAGUAUAUGUGAGUUUCUCAUUUUCGUCUCAGCCAGAUGUUAAGAACUUGUUGCAUUUGCUCAAAAUAUUCAUUCAUUGGUCAUUUUCAGUUGCUCAAAAUAGCAUUCAUAAGCAUUCAUUCAGAUAAAAAGGCACACUGGUUAUAUCCGGAAGUGAGAAGUAUAAAAAAAAUCAAUUACAGUGGAGAUGGGCUGUUUUUAGUGGCUAGAGUUAACUGAAUGGUGAAUUUGGCCAUUUAAUAUGAUUUAUUUAACAAAUCAGAAUGGCAUUGUUCCUUUACAUUCUUGACUAGAUCCAUAAAUUAGAGUCAAUAACUAAGCAACACAGUCAUUACACUGUUGUGGCUUUUACAUCAUGAUCUGUGCAACAUCAAUGCACCACAGUGCAUGGCUCUUUUGCUAAGUCUAGAUAAUUUUUUUAAAGUUUAUAUAGACAAAAAGAAUGUAAACGAUUAAGUUUCAGAUUAUUCUUCCUGAUAUCAUUAGUUGCAUUUUUUUUUCCAUCCACAGAAUGAUGGUAUAAUAAUACAAUAUGCAAAUAUUGACCUUACAACAGUGGUAAUGCAAAACUUAAGUCUUUAAAUGUCUGAGCAAAGUUUUCCUUGUAAAUUCCUUGUGUAAUCACCUUUACCUUCAGUAUCUUACCUUUUAUAUUGCUCCUGUGUUUAUGGUACAAAUAAAAAUACCUCAGUACA